GUUCCGUUGUCAGUGAAAUCGAAAGGCGGUGGCGGGCGGCGAAUGUGAGCUGAGCGAGAAGAAGGAGAUGACGCCAUGGGAGCAGUACUCUGCCGUCAUCAGCAUCCCUCGCUUCGACUACGACGCCCCUUCUUCUCUUCUUCACCACUCCCACUCCGGCUUCCUCAUCACCUGCCCCAUCACGCGAGAAAAGCGCCACUAAAGAAGCAAUCUCCCUCUACGCAAAGUACAUUCAGUAAUAAUAGCGGUAAUGAAGAAAAUUCGGUUUCUAAAAGAAGGAAGAUUUCGGAGGAAAAUGUGGAUGGUGAUUGCGGUAACGGUAGUGAAGGUUGUGACAGGUGAUGUGGAAGAAGGUGCUUGCUCUACUGUGAAGGUGAAUACAGAUGGAGAGACAGGUCCUCUUCUUAAGCUGGUUAAGCUGACAAAGAGUGGUUUGCUUCUCUUCGUUUUCGGCAAAAGUGUUUCUCCUGAUGUCGUUGGGAUUGUUUUGAGGAUUGUUCAGUCUGGGGAAUCAGGGAGCUCUGCUUCACUCCUUUGGUGUAAUCGCAUUUUCCCAAUCCAAGCUACUUUGUAGUUUUGAAGGAAAGGAACUGCAAAGUUGUAUCAAAUCUUGUUCUUCAAUUUGUGAAAGAUAAUCAAAAGCGGCCCAUAAAGGUGAAACCAAUCCCUCUGUUACCAGCUUUGAUAUUUAUUGGUAAGGAUAAUU